UGUGUGCGCGCGCGCAGGAGCUGGGCCGCCGCCGGUUUUACCGGCGCCUCCCCCGCCCUCCCCUCCCCCCCGGCGCAGCGUUCGUCCCGUUCCUUUCCCUUCCCCCCGCCCCGGCCCCCCGUUCCCCGCAGCCGGGCGGGGGAGGAGGAUGGAAACACCCUUCUACCAUGAUGAUGUGUUGAGCGGUCUCGGCAGCGGCUUCGCCCCGUCCUCCGGUAGCAGCGGGCUCCUCCUGCCCUUCCCCGGCGGCAGCAUGAUGAAGAAAGACGCGCUCGGGAUGGCCUUGCCGGAGCAGGUGGCGGCAGCGUUGAAAGCACCGGGCGCGACGACGAGCGGCGAAGCGGCGGGUUUGCUGGGCUCGGCCGAGCUGGGUUUGCUUAAACUGGCGUCCCCGGAGCUGGAGCGGCUCAUCAUCCAGUCCAACGGGCUGGUGACCACCACACCGACCAGCGGCCAGUUCCUCUAUCCCAAAGCGGCCGCCUCCGAGGAGCAGGAGUUCGCCGAGGGUUUCGUUAAAGCGCUGGAGGACUUGCACAAGCAGAACCAGCUGGGCGGCGGCGCGGCGGGGAGCGGCGGCGGAGCGGGAGGAGGCGGCGGCGGUGCAGGAGGAAGCGGCGGAGCGGGCGAGCUGCCCGCCGCCGGGCUGGCUCCGGAGCCGCCGGUUUACGCCAACCUCAGCAGCUACCCGGCGGUCAGCUACGCCGCCGACCCCGGCCCCUUCGCGGCGCCACCCCCGCGGCUCCCCCCGCCGCCGCCACCCCCGCCACCCCCGUUAAAGGACGAGCCUCAGAUCGUCCCGGAGGUGCCGAGUUUCGGGGAGAGCCCGCCGCUCUCCCCCAUCGACAUGGACACGCAGGAGCGCAUCAAGGCGGAACGCAAGCGGCUGAGGAACCGCAUCGCCGCCUCCAAGUGCCGCAAGAGGAAGCUGGAGCGGAUCUCCCGGCUGGAGGAGAAGGUGAAGAGCCUCAAGAGCCAGAACACGGAGCUGGCGUCCACCGCCAGCCUCCUCCGGGAGCAGGUCGCUCAGCUCAAGCAGAAGGUCCUGAGCCACGUCAACAGCGGCUGCCAGCUCCUGCCCCAGCACCAGCACCAGGUGCCGGCGUACUGACCCCCCCGCCCCGGGGGAUCCCCCCUGCACCACCGAGGGGGCCCGGACACGGACUGAGGGGCCCCGCGGGACUUGAGGGUGUGUAUGGGGGGAGAGGACAGGUUUUUUUCGAGGUGUGGGGGGGCACCGUUCGCUUCCCGCGCUGCAAACGGACUUACGACGGGGAGCCCGGGCCGCCCCCCCCAACCCGCGCCGGGACUCACGGGCCCCCGUGCCCGAGACAUUCCAGUCAGGCCCCAGUAAAACUCCCCCCGCGACAACGGUGA